AUGGACGGGGCGCGGGGCUGCAAUGGGUACGCGCGGCAGGAGCGGCCGCCCCCCAUCCCCGCCGACAAGCCGCGGGUCCCCCCGGGCGGCGGUGGCGGGGAUGGGGAUGGGGAUGGGUGGCGGGGGGAGCGUCCCCGCAGCGAGGAGGACGACGAGCUGAGCCUGCCCGGGCUGGCGGCCGCCUACACCUCCAUCCUGCGGGGGCUGGGAGAGGACCCGCAGCGGCAGGGGCUGCUCAAGACGCCCUGGAGGGCGGCCACGGCCAUGCAGUUCUUCACCAAGGGAUACCAGGAGACCAUCGCGGAUGUCCUGAAUGACGCCAUCUUUGACGAAGACCACGACGAGAUGGUCAUUGUGAAGGACAUAGACAUGUUCUCCUUGUGUGAGCAUCACCUCGUUCCAUUUGUUGGAAAGGUACACAUUGGGUAUCUCCCUAACAAACAAGUGCUUGGCCUCAGCAAACUUGCCAGGAUCGUGGAAAUAUACAGUAGAAGAUUACAAGUCCAGGAACGCCUUACCAAGCAAAUUGCAAUCGCCAUCACAGAAGCCUUACAGCCCGCGGGGGUCGGCGUGGUCGUGGAAGCCACGCACAUGUGCAUGGUAAUGCGUGGGGUGCAGAAAAUGAACAGUAAAACAGUAACCAGCACAAUGCUGGGGGUAUUCCGGGAAGAUCCAAAGACCCGCGAAGAAUUCUUGACGCUCAUCAGGAGCUGAAACUGUGCCACUCUCUGAACGCACCCUGGAUUGCUCUGUCCCGUGUCACUGUCUGUUCUUGUUCCCACGUCCCGACCUCCCAAACUAAACCGUUGUGAAUUGUUGUCAUAGUCUUUGUGCGGUGAAAGACUCCCCGGUGGCAAACGGGAAAGGUGGCGAGGAAGGGCAAUCCUCCUGGAUUUCCAGUGGUGCCACGGAAUUACGAGCCACAAACAAGGGGUUUGGAAACGCAUUUCCAUCCGUAGUGCAGAAUGUCCCACUGCCAGGAGAGAGGUGGGGCUUGGUGGUGAAAUGGAUAUUUAUGAAAUAGUUGUGUUUGUUGGAAUAAAUGUGGAGCAGCACGGGAAACAGCUGGAAGGCUCUGGAUCCUUGUGGGAUCAGGAUUGUCCUGAAUUAUCUCUGAGUAUGUUUUAUUGCAAGCCCUGCAGGGGCUGUUUCAGUACCUGGGUAUGUGUGUUAUACCUCUGAGAUGUUACCUCUGGUGUGUUUUAUAUUCUUGAUAGUAUUAACCUUCCUUUUUUUGUGUGUAUUUUUUUUUGUCUGUUUGUUUGAGAAAUUUAAACCCCAUUUUUCCUGUCCUCUGAACACGCAGGGAAUUAACUUCUGAAUUAUUUGGGGCACAGUCUUGUAUCAGUACAAGGGGGUUCAUGCACCUUUUCCUCUGUGCCUCACAACGUCUGACCACUUAAACUGUCAGCUUCCUACUGUUUUUAAGGAAACUUAAACAGAGGAGAGGAAAAAAAAAAAAACAAACAAACCCUACAGAGUCUGUUUGCAAAGUGCUAAGGUAUCCAAAGAGGUUUUUAAUGAUACUCUUAUCUUGAGCUUUCCUUCUUGGAUUUCUGUGGGUUAGGUGAGAAGCCAAAACUGAUCUAGUUAACCUGAAAAGGAAGAUUUUGAGCAUUUCAAGACUUGCAUCUCAUAAAUAUGGGACCAAAAGGUGAGCACAAAAUCCCGUGCACAGCAGCCGCUACCUCCCCUGCCUGCUGCCAGGUCGGGUCAUCCCAGGGCAGAGGAACCUGGAAUAACUCAUUUCGUAAGAGCAGCUGAGAGAGAAGCAUUCCCAGGGCCAUCAGAAUCCACCAAACCGCGUUUUCUCCGCGGAUGGGGCAACCUCUGUGAUGUGGU